CCAAGGUCUCCCCCUCUGGCUUUGCCCCGCCCCACGUCUCCUUGUCACCGUCGCCCCGCCUUGCGUCGCCAUUUGUCCGUAGUCGCUGAGCAAACAUGUGGGCCGCUCUCAGGUGGCGGCCGGGGCUCCAUCUGGGGCUCCUGAGUGGUGUCCGAGGUCUGCACAGCUCGCCUGUGUCCUGUGGCAAGAACCUACUCAAGAAAUUUGCUUCGAAAACCAAGAAGAAGUUCUGGUAUGAAGGUCCUUCCUUGGGCUCUCACUUGACCCACAAGUCAUCCCAGUUGGAGUUCCUGACGAAGUGCACCUCUCGGAGAACCCGGAAGGAAGACCAGGUGCGCCUGAGGGCCCUGAACGGUCUCCUCUACAAAGCGCUCACAGACAUGCUGUGCACCCCGGAAGUGAGCCAGGAGUUGUGUGACCUGAACGUGGAGCUCUGCAAGGUCUCUCUGACUUCAGACUUCUCCGCCUGCCGCGUCUUCUGGAGGACGACCCUCUCUGAGGCUCAGAACGCACACACGGAGGCCAUCCUGCGGAGAAGUGCUGCGCACAUGAGGCAUCUUCUGAUGUCUCAGCAGACCCUGAGGAAUGUGCCGCCCAUAGUGUUCGUUCAGGACAAAAAAUAUGCAGCUGUGAUGGAGAUUGAUCGGCUACUGGCAAUUGCUGAUUUUGGACCCCAGGAUGAAAAAGAAGACUUUGUGCAAAGUGACUUCAGCGACCCCGAGGCCCUGGAUGUGGCUUUGCCAAGUGAUACCGUGGGCUCUGCUGCACACUUCAACCUGUGUGGGAUUGACCAUGAGGCACUCAACAAGCAGAUCCUGGAGUACAAGAGGAGAAGAGAGCAAGGGCACAGGAGUGCGGGGCACCUGUGGCCAGAGCAUAUGGCUGACCUGAUGAAGCAGAUGAGGAGGAGGAAGGCCAAGCCCCACGUGGACGAUGACCUCUCUCCCAAGAACUAUCUGCAGGGUGGGGAGUGACAAGCCCCUGGACGACUGAGGGGCCUCCUGAGGAGCGCGCCCCAGGGUACGGGUGGGGCUCCAAGAAGCAGAGCAGGAACUGAGGUGGAGAGAAAGGAUCAGAAGGCAGUGGAUCAUGACCUGGCUCCGGGUGUGUGGGCACUCAGUGCCGUCUGCACCCUUUGUGCAGUGCUGCGGGGGAGGCCUGUGGGAAGGGUGUAAACCCUCUUGGUGGAUGGUGAGCGGUCAGGCCUCCACGUGUGCACGUUUGCUCACUCACUGGUUUCUCCACAGCCCGCAGAUCUGUGGCUGCUGUGCUCCCCUGGUCUUCCUGGACACGCGGACACUCGAGUCCUGGGAUGCACAGGUGGCCUCUGUUCACAGAUGCACUGCUUUGCCUGCUUCAUUCACCUUGGACUGUAAACGGCUGUCCUCUCUGCAGUUGGGUUAGCCCCACUUUAGUGCCUUUUGAUGGAGAUGUCAGUCCUGGCCCUGAGUUGCUGACGAGUUCUUCUGAGUGUGAGAUUCUGUGCUGUGACUUCCAAAGAGAAUGCAUGUCUUAGAUGAGCCUCAUUAGGAAAUAAUCAUUGAGUCUGACACAGAGAAAGUGUCCUAAAUUUGGGGCAUCUCAACUCACCAGGUGUCAGCCUUGAAGUACUGAAAAUGCUGAAAAUACUGAAAAUACCAACCCAGUCAGACGACUGGAGAAGGACUCCUGCUGAGAUAGAGCAGGGACGUUUGUAGCGUGGCUUUCAGGGCGUGUGAUCCCCCUUCUUGUAACCUGUCUUGGGAAGGUUGCCCGUGUCCCAGCAGCAGUGGCAUGGCCUGGAUGCUCCGUUCCCUGUCAGCACCUGGGACGAGGUGCAGUACCCGACAGGGAUGCAGCCCCCACUGGAGGGAAAGCAAGCGUCCUGGGACACAGGCCAGCCACGUGGGUACCCUCUCUGGGCACAUGGCUGUGGGGGUGGUGCGUGUGUGACGCUGCCCUGGAGGGGUGCAGGUACCUGUGCGGGUGUUUCCUUAGGAAGGUGGGUGCUCACACAGCCCCUUCUCCAGACCAGAGAUGUCUGGAGGGAGGACUGGCCAGUGUGAGAAUGUGCACUGGACCUGCUCUAACGAGCGGUGAGGUGGCAGACUUGGGAGCGCCUGCCUUGAAGGACUGUGGGUGCCUCUGGGGUGUUUCUGGUGCUCCUGUCUUGCCAGGCUGGAACCAGAGCUCACACACGUGCCCUUGGAGGCUGGAGAAAUGCCGUCUCAGUUCUACCUGAAAGUUCAUGGUGCUGCUGUAGCCUUUGUGUUGAAGGAAAGCUGUGUCUUCUGCUGUAGCUUCUGUUGGGAGGAAGCCCUGCCCUGCAGCAGAGAUAGCCCCAAACUGGCCACGACCAGCAGGAUGGCAGCAAGUUUCCCUAGACCUCAGGGCACCUUCCCUUUGUAGUCCUCCCAUCUCUCACAGUCAGACACAUUCAGACACACACUCAGCACAGUGUCUCAGUGUGAGAGAGUGCACACACACACACACACCCCUCCUCUUUGUAGCCCACCCAACUCUCACACACAUACACUCAGUGCAUUGUCUCAGUGCAAGGCUCUUAGUAGCCUUCCUGCCGCUGGGCCCUGCUUCCUGCAGCUCUGAGUCUUGGUGAGAGGAAUCUUGUUGUUUUCCUUCUUAGAACAGCCGUGUAUGGUGUCAGGACUAAUUCUGUGCCCCAGGUGCAGAGGACAGAAGGGAGGUGCUGUCACGUUUCCCGGGGAUGGCAGCUCCGGGCUCCUCUAGCAACAUCCCAGCAGCAGCAGCCUGGACUCCACUUCUUUCCCUGAGAAAACGCAGCUUGGUCUAACCAGGAGCUUUGCUGGACAUGCUGUGUGAGCAGCAGCUCUGAGUCAGCCCUUCAGUGUCUCACUUUACCCUCUGGAAUGCACGCAGGUAGUCUCACCAGUGUUUGAAGACCUCAGAGUUUUCAGUAGCUGAAGGUAAAACUUGCACCCUACACUAUUUCAUUUCGCUCUGCAUAUCGGUUCCCAGUUUUAUAGAAUGCAGGUCCUUGCUGCAUUGUUUUCAUUUUCAGACUGACUAAUGCAUAGCACCUUUCAACAUGAACUGUGACAUUAUUAGAUCCAGCUUAUUAAAGUAAGCUGCUCUGUGAAGAAUAUGUACAGGAAGGAACUCUGAAAUGUUCAAUAAAGCCUCUUCACUCAGCCCCAAACAUAAAA